AUGGGGGGUGGGCCAUGGGCCGUGUUGGGCUGCGUGUUGGCGGUGGCGCUGGCGGACUCCUGGACGGUGUUCCAGGAGCAGCCCUGCUGCCGGCCCGUGGCGCACCACCGCGUGCGACACCACAGAGAUAAUAUAAGAGAAUUCUCAUGUGGGAACCUCUUCUAUCGCACCCUUUAUAUGAGUGAAGAACUGAAUAUUUUAUAUGUUGGUGCUAUGGAUCGGGUGUUCAAACUUAACAUGACAGAUAUAAGUCAAUCACAUUGUGAGCGGGAUGCUUUACUAUUGGAAGCUAGCAAUGUAGCAAGAUGCGUAAGCAAAGGCAAAUCAGAACCUUUCGAGUGUCGGAACCACAUACGGGUAUUACAGCCUAUCGGAGACGAUGAGAGACUCUACAUAUGCGGCACCAACGCUCACAGCCCUAAAGAUUGGGUGGUAUACUUAAACCUCACGCAUUUGCCUCGUCACGAGUACAUACCAGGAGUAGGUCUUGGUGUUGCCAAGUGCCCGUAUGACCCAGCGGACAACAGCACCGCAGUGUGGGUCACAGAAGGCAACCCCGGCGGCCUGCCAGCGCUCUACGCGGGGACUAACGCAGAAUUCACCAAGGCCGACCCAGUCAUCUUUCGGAACGACCUCUUCGACUAUAGAACUGGACAAAAAAAGUUUAAUUUUAAGAGAACUUUGAAAUAUGACUCCAAAUGGUUAGACAAAACAAAUUUUGUUGGCUCCUUUGAUGUUGGGGAAUAUGUGCUGUUCUUUUUCCGUGAAACAGCAGUAGAGUUUAUGAAUUGUGGAAAAGCAGUAUACUCAAGGGUGGCCAGGGUUUGUAAGCAUGACACUGGUGGCAAACAUAUUCUUAGUCAGAAUUGGGCCACUUAUUUGAAAGCGAGAUUAAAUUGCAGUAUUCCUGGAGAGUUCCCUUUCUACUUUGAUGAAAUACAAAGCGUGUAUCAAAUGCCUGGAGAACCGAACAAAUUCUAUGCAGCGUUUACUACUGGUGCCAGUGAUGGUCUCGUGGGCUCUGCUAUUUGCACGUAUAAUAUGGAGGAUAUACAAGAGGCAUUUGGAGGAAGAUUUAAAGAACAGGCCACGUCUAGUUCAGCAUGGCUGCCAGUGUUACGUGCCCGUGUACCAGAGCCACGUCCAGGCACCUGCGUCAACAAUACUGAAGCUCUGCCCGAUAACGUGCUCAAUUUUAUCAGGUCUCAUCCAUUGAUGGACUCAGCAGUGAGACACGAAGGUGACGCACCAGCGUUCUAUAAGAGGGACCUGGUGCUUACCACUUUAGUGGUAGACCGGCAGUUUGUAGAUAUGCUAGGAGACGACAUAACGUAUACUGUGUUUUAUGCUGGCACCAAUGCGGGGGAGGUAUACAAAAUAGUUCAAUGGGCUGGUGGCGGGUCCCGUGUGGCUGAUGUAUGGCGUGCGGCCGGGACCGAGCCGGUGCGUGCGCUCGCCUUGUCCCGCCGCACGCAUGCACUUUAUCUCGCCACCGACUAUCGCUUGCGUCAGCUUCCACUGCGAGUCUGCGCACACAGGUACGAUAGUUGCGUUCGAUGCGUCCUGGAUCCGUACUGCGGGUGGGACAAAGAAGCGGCUGUCUGCCGACCUUACGCUCCAGGUCUGCUACAUGACGCCACUAACUCGACACCUUCAAUAUGUGAAGCGAGCGCACCUCUGCGUACAGUGCGCGCGGGGUACGGCCAGAGCGUCCACCUAGCUGCCUUCGCUAAGACACCCGAGGCAUUGAAAGAUCUACACGUAGUUUGGUAUCAUCAUUCCAGGGAAAAAGGACGAUAUAAGAUUAGUUACAAUUGGGAGCGUGUCUUGCAGACGUCUGAAAUGGGCCUGGUGCUACUGUCUGUGACGGACGCGGAUCGUGGCCGCUACGAGUGUUACUACGGACCAACACUUGUGGCCUCAUAUAACUUAGACAUAGAUAUUCACAGGUGUACACAGCCAAGUAAGACCCAAGAGUACAAACAAGUUUACUCGGACUGGUGUCACGAGUUCGAGAAAUAUAAAAGUGCAAUGAAGGCUUGGGAAUCUAGACAAAUGCAAUGCUCCAAAAACUUGAACGCAUCGAGUCAGCAAAACAGUAUGGCCAACGAGAUCGUGGCGACGCUGCGGUGA